AGCCAUUUUGGCUCAAGAGUCAAGUCGCAGCUGCUGCGCGUCCUAGCGCCACCGAGAUGGGCCUUCCGCGAGACGUGCAAAGAGUUUUGACAAGGUCCAGAUCUCCAAGAUAUGCAAGAUGAUGUGUACGAUUCGUUGGUGCUGUUCCUUCAGAGCGCGCUCUUCACUGUUCUGAGAGUGCGAGGCGUGUACCCUGAGGACAGCUUCCACAGGAAGCCCGUGCUGGGACAUCGGCCCUCGUGGUGGAGCAGCCUCAGGGAGGUCGAAGAGUACGUUUGCGGGUUGUGCGAGUCGUUGCGGCCCGCGAUGCGCCGAGACCGGCUGCGGCGGGUGCUGGUGCCGAUAUGCGAGGUUUCGGGAGACCUGAGCGAGCGCUACAUCGUGGAGUUUCCAGCGGACCCUCAGUUGAUGGCCGCGUGCAGUGACGAGGAGGUCUACGACUCGCUCGGGGACGCCCUGACCAAACUGGAGAUGUCGCCCGCGCUGCUGGGGCCGAACGGCGGCGCAGGGGCCGCGGCCGCAGCGCCGCCGCGGCAGCACCACAGCCGCCCCACCUGGGAGGUGCUGGUGGAGACGCGGGAGCCGCGGGACUCCGCCCGCGAGGAGGCCCUGGGCGCGCGCUGGAGCACGCACGGGGGCCUGCCUCUCGCGGCAGGUCCUGGCGGGGUGCCUGCCGGCGCGGUGCUGGAGCCGCUGAGGAGCGUCCUGGGCGCGCGGGGGCCCCGAGGGGAAGCAGGCCCCGUUGUCGUCAGCGUGUACGUGGAGGAUGCCACGAGACACCGCCCGCGCAGUCCGGCCACCGGUGCAGCAGCUGCGCGGCUCGCCCCGGCGAGCUGACCUGGCCGCGGCAGGAUUCGAUCAGCGCGGCUUGAACACGAGGCGAGGGAGCCCGGUAUGUUGGCCCCACGUCGCGGCAUGGAGGAGGAGUAGCAGGAAUUUCACGGAUGGCUUCGAGAGGAAGGAGUGCAUCGAUGUGGCGUACCUCUUUGGCGAAGCACAUGUUCACGCUUGUUUGCGCAGGGCUUCGCGUAGUUCUUGUUGUGACACGAGACGCGUUCGCACAGUGGCUUCAGACCCUC